CCUCCAUCCCGGUAUUGCCGUUCCUUUCUCUCCUCGGACUCAUUGCUAAGCUGCCUGAGCUGUGCCAUGCCGGGGGCCGGGGCCGGGGCGGAGGCUGGGGGCAGACAGCAAUGCCUGGAACUGAGUUCAUCAUCCUGCGUAGCCUCUUCCCUCUAUACCAAGGGUGCCGAGAUGAGGAUGGGACUUCUCCCCGGCCCAGUGGAGCCUGAGGAGCCCCCAGGGGCUGCACUGAAACCCACCUGGGAGCCCAAGGGGCUUGACUACAGAGAGGAGUCAGAGCUGCUGGAAGAGGGGCCAAGCUCAAACUGGGACCUGAUGCAGGAGAACUGCCACCUGCAGGACCUGCCCAUGCCACUGCAGGAGAAGCACCACUACAUCUUGCUGGAGGGUGAGGCGGUGUCCUCGGACAGCGAUGUGCUGGACAUGGGGACCGUGGUGGGGGACUGUCUGUGGGACAUCAAGAAGAGGUUGCAGGAAAGCGAGAAGAGGCUGCAGGAAAAUGAGAAGAGGCUGCAGGACAGCAAGAAGGAACUGCGGGACCUCAAGAAGCAGUUGGUUGAGGUCUUGGAGCAGAGGCAGGAUCUGCCUUCCCCCCAUUCCUCUGAUGCUCUCUUGGAUGAAACCCCACACUCACUGAGAUCAGACUCACCAGCUCGGAAGCGGCGGCUCCUUCUUCGUUCCCACUCUUCAGAAUGGGGCCAGGAUAAAUGCCUACUCUCUGCCGCAUCUGGGCCAGACAUUGCAGUACCAGCUACCAGUAGGAGGCAGGAGCUGAACCUGAGCCAGACUAUGGCACCCAUGAGCAGGGAGUGGGCAGUGAAGAAGCUGACCUUUGUGCUGGAGAAGCUAGCCCCACAGGACCUGGAGGAGUUCAAGGCUGAGCUGAUCAACUUCCCGGAGCCAGGGGCCACACCGCCCAUCUGCCAGCCUGACCUGUCCAACUCCAAUGCGGGAGACAUUGCCCGCAUGAUGGUUGACAACUUUGGGGUGCACAGGGCACUGGUUGUGGGCUCCCUGGUGCUGGAUGAGAUGAAAAACUCACUGGCCUGCGACCUUUGGAAUGCCAAAGCCCCUGCCACAUGGAGCCUAGCAUCUUAUGGUCAUGCCCCCUCAGGGCAGGACAGCAGGGUAGCAGGCCAGGAUGAAGACCAGUUCCCUAACCAGUCUGGGCCAGACCAGGAGCCAAACCUGAGCCAGAUGGAGGCAGCCAUGAGGUUAAAAGACUGGACAGUGAAGACUCUGGCAAAUGCACUGGGGAAGCUGAGCCCGCAGGACCUGGAAACGUUCAAGUGCAAGCGGAGGACUUUCCGGGAGCCAGGGACCAGCGGCCCCAUCCCUUGGCCUGACAUGUCUGCGUUCACUGCACUGCAGGUUGCCAGGAGCAUGGUUGAGCAUUUGCAGGCUCAUAAGGCGCUGGCUACAGGCUCCCUGGUGCUGGACAAGAUGGGCCAGAAGCCCCUGGCCACUGCACUCUGGAAGGCCAUGGAUGAGAACUCGUAUGACCAGAGGGUGAGGACCACAGCUGCACUUGACCCCAGGACCAGGUGGUGACAGCUGACACCUGAUCCCUCUUGGACCUUGCAGGCUCUGCUUUCGGUUCUUAAUAUGUGCAAGAGUGACUGUUUCACUGUUU